AUGACGGUAUAUUCAAAAGGGUUAUUAGCUACUGCAACAGUCGUACCUCCUCUGAUAUAUAAUUAUGAGCCGUUUUACAAUCUCACCGUUGACCACGAUAUCUUCAACGGUACAGUACAAUUUGUCAAAGAAAAGGAUGCGAUUAUAUGGACAGUGACUAAUCGGAUGCUACAGUUUAGGAAUUGUUCAACAUAUAUUUCUUAUAAAGAUUACUGGGCGCCUGCGCUCGAUUGUCCACCUCUGUACAUCGAUCAUUUGGCAAACACGACGUCGUUGAAAUUCAGGUCGCGUCUUCCAGAUAUUAGUUAUCGUGACUUUGGCUCACGUGUUUCACUGCAUUAUACUCCAUCAAAUGGCACUGUCACGGAAAUUGGUCAACCCCUACAAAUUACGGUUACUGCAAUUAAUGAAAGUAACAAUUCAGCACAGUGUGUGUUUUGGUAUAUCGGAGAAGUAGCUGACUGUCCAUUAUGGCCCAUAAAUGAAACAGAAUAUCAAUGUGAGGGUUCAAUGAAUCACCGAGUGUGCAAACGACGACAUAAAUGUCCCGGAAUACAAUUCCCUAACCAUGUGACGUCUUUACAUUGUGUGGCUGGUCAAGGAUGGAGUUAUAUGAGCCCUCAGUCCAUUGCUAAUUUCCCUUUAAACUUAUUUCGGACACCAAUUUGCUUACAAAGUUCUGCUGGAGAUGUUAACUUAUCUGUGAAUCUUGCCAUUAGCUCACAUCUGAAUGAAUCCUGUAAAGCUGCAUUGAUUGAUAAGGUGCACCAGCUGCCUAAAAUGCACGAAACUAAGGAAUGUCGUCAGUUAAAGUGGACAUUUAUUGGGUUAUUAGUUAUAGACAGUAAUAUAUUUAUCAACUAUACAGUGCGUCAUGAAAACAUAUCGAUGACGCUGAAGUGUGCUGCUCAGUUCGUUCGUCAAAUCAUCAAGGGAAAACUUGCAUUUAACGCAUUAAAGACUACCUGUAAAAAUAUUGAAUUCAAUGCUUUAUCUGCGAAUUACUCCACUGGCUGUUCCAAUGAUGAAUGCGCUCCUGGUUUUUAUGCUGCUGCAAAUGGCUGUUAUCCUUGUCCACUUCAUAGCUUCUCUGAAACUGUUAAUGCCAGGAAUUGUACAAGAUGUCCAACGAAUACGUUUACAGCAAAAACAGGAUCAUUUUCGUCUCAAUUAUGUCGAAAACAGUGCCCACCUGGUUUCUUCUCACCAACUGGCCUUGAACCAUGCCAGGCUUGCGCAGUUGGCUUUUAUCAGUCCCAUUAUGGUUUGCAAUAUUGCAACUAUUGUUCGUCACCUCACACAACUUCAAUAGUCGGUGCAGUUUCAGCCAGCGAGUGCGUACUGAAAUGCAAGCCCGGAUGGUUCAGCCGCACAGGUUUUGAACCAUGCAUAAAAUGUCCGACUGGUUUUUACCAAGAUAGAGCGGGACAAACAACAUGCAAUGCAUGCAACAUAGAUGCCAAUAAGCAAAUGUCGAUAAAUAAUCAUUGCAAAGACUUUUCGUGCAGGAAAUCAGGCUGCAAAAAUAAUGGCCAUUGUUCGAAGGAGCGAUGCAUUUGCCCGUUUUUUCAUAUUGGCCUCGACUGCAGUGUAGCUCUGAAUUUGUGCUUGGCUAAUUUUUGUUCUCGAGAUGAAGAAUGUCAUUUUGAUGGAGUGACAACUUCUUGCCUUCGUAAUAGCGAUCUGUCAUCAGAAGGCUCAGGAAUGAAGUGCUGGGAAAGCGUAUGGAAAUCAAAACACCAGAAGCAGUUGCUGGAUGAAGAAACCCAAGGAGUAGUGAAUGAGUCAUCGUCAUUGACAUCGAUGAUAUUUGCAAAUAUUUCAGCAAGACUAAAUAUAGAUUUAGGAUUAUUUACCAAACAGCUCCCAGUAAAGAGCCAAAACCCAAAAAUUAGAGAGGAAGAGAAUGAAGAGAUAGUAGUCUCCAUGGAGAACCAUGGCUCUAUAUCUGAUCGACCUCAAUCAUUAAUGCAGUUUAUUUCUGAUCAAUUAGUUUCGUCAGAAAUUACCACUAUACGAAGAUGGAAAAGUGAUGUAAAUGAUAAUAUUCAAUCUACUACAAUAGGAUCAAUUGCUUCAACUACAAUUGAUGCAACUUUCGCAGUUCCCAAAAUUCAUUGUUCUCAUAAACUUAAUUUUUGCAGAAAUGGUAGUUGCUCGACUACUAUCAACGGAAAUAUCAGUUGUAUCUGUCGAGAGGGCUAUAAAACUAAUGGCAGUGAUAACUGUGUAUUGUUACAAAGCUGUGAUUACGAACCAUGUGGGCAAGACUCAUGCAAAAAUAUUGGCAACGAUUAUUUCUGCCAGUGUUCAGUUGUGCAUAAUGCAUUUCAUAAACAACAAUGGUGUCCGAUCAAUAAAGAAUGUGAUCAGAAGAAUCGAUGCAAAAACAAUGGUAUCUCAGUAUGUGAUUACAAAACGCGGUGCAUAUGUCCGACACCUUAUUUUGGAGAAUUUUGCGCAGAAAAAGCUGACCCGUGUAAAAAUUUACCCUGCGGUCAUAGUACCUGUAUUCCACGAUUUGAUCACUUAUGGCCUUAUUAUUUCUGCAAAUGUGAUCCAGGUUACUAUGGAGAAAAGUGUACUGCACACGCAGCUUGCGUGGACAAAAAUAUUGAUUGUAGACAUGGUUAUUGUCGUGAAAAUGAUCAAACUGCGUACUGCGAAUGUUAUCCCGGCUUUACUGGAAACGAUUGUUCAGUGGAGAUCAAUCAGUGUGAUUCGUCACCAUGUGUGCAUGGUACUUGUAAGCCAAAAUUUCUGGGUUACACGUGCAUCUGUGAUGAAGGCUUUGAAGGAAACCAAUGUGAGAGGCUGAUAGAUCCAUGUGAUGAAAAACCGUGUAGUAUCAAUUCGGAAUGCCACGCUUUGAGCUAUGGGUACAAAGGCAAAUUUGUAUGCAACUGUGCAACCGGUUGGACAGGGAUGUAUUGCACUGAAUUGAUAGAUCUUUGCACUCAUUCUCAGUGUAUUUCUGGUUCCACCUGUGUCACUCGACCUGAACUUAAUGGAGAUGUCGGUUAUGUGUGCGUAUGUCCCUCGAAUAAAACUGGCACUUUCUGCAAUGAAUCAGUUGAUUACUGCAAACCAAUGAAUCCAUGCUUACACGAUGGCAUUUGUCAGCAGAAAGAUGAUGGCUACACAUGUCGCUGUAAACCAGGUUAUCAAGGGGAUCAUUGUCAACAUGAUCUGUGCUCACCGAAUCCAUGCCAAAAUAAUGGUAAUUGUACAAUAUUGUCGUUGACAACUUAUAAGUGUUCAUGUCCUCAGUAUUAUGAAGGUGUUAGUUGCACUGCGGUUACGGAUGUAUGCAUGCUAAAUAAUUUUGAAGAUUAUUGUUUGAAUGGUGGCAAAUGUAUUUCAAACAAUUCUGAGCCAACUUGUCGCUGUACAUGUCAGUAUGAGGGACACAGAUGUGAAAACAGUUAA